CCGCCAGACUUCACUUGUGCAUUUUUAAUCAUAGAUUAGUCAGGAUUCCAUGUGGUUUUGGGGACCAACGUUUUCUCCUUUACUUCAAUGUCACUAUUCACUAUUUUUGCACUCACUUUACACCACCUUUGUCCUUUGACCAUAUUUGUCUAGCUUACUGCUUCUCCAGUUUCUCUUCAUCUUUCUCCGUCUUUAUAGGUAUACUACUAACUUAAUCCUCUAUUAUUUUUUUCAAUCCAUUGAAGUUAAGCUCUAGUAGUGGCUUUCAACAUUAUAUGCAUCAACAAGAAUAGAAACCAAAGCAUAUAAUAGAGUGUGUGCGUGUGUUUUGUCAGCUGGGAUUUAUCAAGGUUCAGUUUUUAUCUCAUAUUCACUGUGUGUGUAUGUGUUUUGUCAACUGGGUUCAAUCUUUUCCCCAUUUUCAUAGUGUGUGUGUUUUGUCAACUAGGCUUUAUCAAGAUUCAAUCUUUUUUUCUAUUUUCAGUGUGUGCAUUUGUGCGUGUUUUGUCAGCUGGGGUUUAUCAAGAUUCAAUUUUUCCCCAUUUUCACAGUGUGUUUUGUUAACUAGGCUUUAGCAAGAUUCAAUCUUUUUUCCAUUUUCACAGUGUGUGCAUUUGUGUGUGUUUUGUCAACUGGGGUCUAUCAAGAUUCAAUCUUUACCCCAUUUUCAUAGUGUGUGUUUUGUCAACUGGGGUUUAUCAAGAUUCAAAUUUUUUCUUCAUUUUGACAGUGUGUGCAUUUGUGUUUGUUUUUGUCAACUGGGAUCUAUCAAGAUUCAAUCUUUUCUCCCUUUUCAUAGUGUGAUUUUGUUCUGUCAACUGGGGCUUAUCAAGAUUCAGUUUUUUUCCUUCAUUUUGACAGUGUGUGUGUGUUUUAUCAUCUGGGGUUUAUCAAGAUUCAAUUUUUUCCCCAUUUUCUGCUGUAAAAAUGGUAAUGGAAGGGAUUCAAGAAGAUAUAGGUGAUGGAAAUAUGCAAUGUAUGAAUCACCCUUACAAGAACAGUUCCCCAGGUGGGAUCUGUGCUUUUUGCCUUCAAGAAAAACUUGGAAAGUUGGUUUCUUCCUCUUUCUCUUUUUCUAUUUUCCCUUCUUCUUCUUCUUCCUCUAUUUCAAGAUCUGAUUUUGUAGCCACUUCUUCUACUACUACAACUUCAACUCUACAAGUCCCAACAAAUAACAAAAACACCACUGAUUGUAUUAACUAUCAUCCUUAUGAAAACAAUAUAAGGAAAUCAAGAAUGCAUUUUUUGAAGAAGAGUAGUAAUGGUCACGGUAAUGUUAAUAUGGCAAGUUCUGGUUCAGAUUCUGGCAUUGUUUUUAAGAAAAGUAAGUCUACUACAACCCCGAGAAAUCAUUUACAUUUCUUGGAAGCUAAUGAAAGUGAAGAUUAUGGUCCUCACAGGAAACGGUUCUGGUCAUUUCUUCAUUACUCAUCCUCAAAGCAUUAUUCUUCCACAGGAUCAUCUGUGAAUAGUUCUAAAACAUCAAGGGAGAAGAAGAAAGAAGAGAUUGUUGUAGUGGAAGAGAAUGAGAGUCCUAAUGAGACUUCAUUUAACAAUAAAGUUGCAAGAUCAAGAUCUGUUGGUUGUGGAAGUAGGAGUUUUUCAGGUGAUUUAUUUGAAAAAAUCUCCACAGGUUUUGGAGAUUGCACAUUAAGAAGAAUUGAGUCACAAAGAGAAAGCAAGCCAAGAUUUUCAUCUGUUCAUCAUAAAGAAAGAGUCAACUGUGGUGGCAUAUUAUCAUAUUUGGUUUCUUCUGAAGUAAAUAAUAUGAAUGGAAAAUCCCAUCAUAUUGCUAAUGGAAGGAGUAAGAAUUGGGGAUGGGCAUUAGCCAGUCCAAUGAGAGCUUUUAGCAAAACAUCAUCAAGUGUGAAAAGAGAAGAUUCAAAUUCAAAUGAUAAUGAGAAUGCUACUCCAAACUUGGAUGCAAUUCCUUCUUUGUUGACUGUUAGCAGCUAGAGUGAUACUUCUUUUAAUCUAAUUUUCACUAAAGUGAUUCAUUAAGUGAAAAACACUAACGUUUUUAGCAGACGGGGAUUGGAGCUAUUGAUCCAGAAAGACCGAGGCGUAGCAAAGCCGUAAGAUUGAUCUGAGACCCUCCAUAGCUACUACUACUGAUACUAUUGCACAAAUUUGCAUUAUAUUCUUGUGUAGAAACUAUGUUUAUUUAUCAGGUUUUAUCAACUAAUUUCUCUGUUUCAUCACUGCUUAUUAGAGCUCUUCCUUCUUUUUUUGGUCUUGUUGUAAGGUGGAUGUUGAUUUCUCAUCAUUUUACUGUUUUUAGUGGACAAUUAUCUUUUUU